AUGCAAAUGACAAAUAUAAUCUGUGUCCUCUUGAUUCUCGGCUGUGUGGCUAUAAAUGGGCAAGCUCCUGACUGCCGAAAGCUAAAGGAAACCUGCAAUCCUUGCAUCCGAAGACUGAAUAAUCCCAUUAACAACGUGGAGUUCAUGAACGAAGGAUGCCGCGAGAAAGUCCGUGGCAGAUACAUCUGGAGAAAUCAAACAAGAUGCGAUCUUCAAGUGAUCGCUUGUGGAGCUCACAAGAGGAAAAUGGAUUGCCUGGUUAUAGCCGAGCUUGCCGGCAUGCCCAGGCGUACUUAG